GGCGAACAGCUUUUCCCAUCGAAGCUGUUUCAGUGCACCGCAGAAGAGCCGCCAUGGAGAGGCCCUCCAAGAGGACCCGUUUGCACUAUGCGCCUGCCAAGGUGAUCGCAGAGAUUGGUUGUAACCACCAAGGCAGUAAAGAAACAGCCAAGGAGUUGCUGACCUUAGCGAAGGAAGCGGGGGCUACAGUGGGAAAGCUUCAGAAACGACAUCCCAAGGAACUGCUCACUGAAGAUCAAUAUAAUGCACCCCACCCUGCUCCACACCAUUCGUAUGGUGGCACAUAUGGGGCGCAUCGAGAAUUCCUUGAACUAAGCCUGGAAGAUCACAAGGAACUUCAAGCUCAUUGUCAGUCCAUUGGGCUUGAGUAUUCAAGCUCUGUUUGGGACAUCACAUCAGCCAAGGAGAUCAUCUCUUUGAAUCCCACUUUGAUCAAGGUUGGAUCCCCUUCAAAUUUGCAUUGGGAAAUGCAGGAGCUCCUUCGGGACACCUACCAAGGUGAAGUUCAUAUUUCGACCGGAAUGACUUCAAGAGAAGAUGUGGACAAGAUCAUCGAGUUCUGGGAGAGGGGCAAAGGCGACGCGAAGAACAGGGUAGUGCUUUACGCUUGCACUUCUGCAUAUCCAGUUCAGUUUAAAGAUGUUUGCCUCUUGGAGAUUGCUCGAUUGAAGGAACAGUAUGAAGAUCGUGUGAAGGCCAUUGGCUUUUCAGGGCACCACUUGGGCAUUGCCAUCGACAUCGCUGCCUAUGUCUUGGGAGCCACGUGGAUCGAACGGCACUUCACCAAGGACCGGACCUGGAAGGGCACUGAUCACGCAGCGUCCUUAGAAUUCCCCGGCCUUUCGAAGCUCAUUCGGGACUUGCGUGCCACCACGGUGUCGUUGAGCUACAAAGACGGCAUCUUGGACGUUGAGAAGGAGCAGGAGGCCAAGCUCAAGUGGGGCUUCUACAAUGCACGUCCGAAAGAGGCAGCCAAAGACGCCACGGCCAAAGAUGCUGAAGCGGAGUGCUGAGGUAUGGAAAA